UUUUGUGCAAAGAAACUAUAAAUCCUGCAUUACUCCUUGGUUCUAGAAAUAUGUUCUCUCGAAGCCUUGCUAGGACAGUGCUCCAGAUAAAGCCGCUGAACAAUGCCUGGAAACAAGCGGCCCUUAAGCAUAAAUCCUACACACCGAUUAAUACUGUGGUCAUGUUUGUGCCGCAGCAGGAGGCCUGGAUUGUGGAGCGAAUGGGCAAAUUUCACAGGAUUCUGGAGCCUGGCCUGAACAUCCUAAUUCCUAUAGCUGAUAGAGUAAAAUACGUGCAGAGUCUCAAGGAAAUAGCCGUAGAUAUUCCUAAACAAAGUGCCAUUACGUCUGACAAUGUAACUUUGAGUAUUGAUGGCGUUUUAUACUUGCGAAUCGUCGAUCCAUACCUAACUAGUUAUGGGGUGGAGGAUCCAGAGUUUGCAAUAACUCAACUGGCUCAGACCACCAUGAGAUCAGAGCUGGGCAAAAUUUCACUAGACAAAGUAUUCAGGGAAAGGGAGAGCUUAAAUGUAUCGAUGGUGGAAUCAAUUAACAAGGCUAGCGAAGCUUGGGGAAUGACAUGCCUUAGGUAUGAAAUCCGUGAUAUCAAACUGCCGCAAAGGGUUCAGGAGGCGAUGCAAAUGCAGGUUGAAGCCGAGCGGAAGAAGCGGGCUGCAGUGUUGGAAUCUGAAGGAGUCCGAGCAGCAGACAUUAACGUGGCAGAAGGUAAAAGGCAAGCAAGGAUUUUGGCGUCUGAAGCUGAGAAGCAGGAGCAAAUUAAUAAGGCUAGUGGUGAGGCGGCGGCGAUUAGAGCAGUAGCCGAAGCCCGAGCCAAAGGCAUACAAGUGGUGGCCGACGCUCUGCUGAACGAGCAGGGAUCGAAUGCUGCCGCCUUAACAAUAGCUGAGCAGUAUGUGGGCGCUUUUGAGAACUUAGCCAGAACAAACAACACACUGAUAUUGCCAGCCAAUGCCAACGAUAUUUCCAGCAUGGUUACUCAGGCCUUGACAGUAUAUUCCACGAUAACUAAGGACAAUAUCCAACAAAAGAAGCAGGCAUUUAAGAAAAUACUUCCAUUGAAACCGCAGGAUAAUUUAGAGGAAUACUUUAGCGAUGAGGAGGAUCUGAAGAAGCAUAGAGAAAAAAUGGCUGAAUUAGAUAGUAAAAACUGUGUUCCAAAAUGAAAGAAUUGAUAACAUUGA